UCGAAUCUUUGCUUCACCGCACUCUCACUCUCACACACUCCCACUCCACUCAACACCAGAGAGAGAGAAAGAGAGAUUUGAGGAAGAACAUGGCUCAACGAAGCCCUAAAUUUCCCCAAUGGGCGUCGCUUAUUUUGCUUGUUUUUGCGCAUUUGGCCUCUCAAAUCGUAGCUGAAGAAGAUGGACUGGUGGCGAACGGCGAUUUCGAGACGAUCCCAGCUGGUGGGUUCCCAAGCGAAGGAAUGGGGGAUGCCCCCGCGGCGAUUCCGAGCUGGAAAUCAAACGGCACCGUUGAGCUCGUGGAGUCCGGGCAAAAACAGGGUGGGAUGAUCCUCAUCGU